AUGUUCGAAUUGUGGUCACUUCCUCUUUCCACGAUUUGCAACCAAGUUCAAACCAACCAAGUUACAUCGAUCCAGCACUACAAGGCGGCGUUCCCAAAUGUUUUCAACAACACACUUGGGCAUUGCAAGAAAGCAAAAGUGCAACUGUUUCUCAAGCCGGAUGCACGACCUGUAUUCAAGCCGAAGCGACCAGUGCCAUUCACCUCAGUGGCAAAGGUUGACGUCGAAAUUGACCGUCUGGAGAAGUUCGGAAUUAUCAACGCAGUCGAUUUUUCUCAAUGGGCCGCUCCUAUCGUCGUGUUAAGGAAACCAGGUGGCAAGGUUUGUAUGUGUGCUGAUUAUUCCACUGGAUUGAAUGCAUCUCUUGAGGCCAACAAUUAUCCACUUCCGGUUCCGGAAGAUAUAUUCUCUAAACUCAACGGUUGCAAGUUUUUCAGCAUCAUCGAUCUUUCCGAUGCAUAUCUUCUAGUAGAAGUGGACAACAAAGCCAAGAACAUUCUCACAAUCAACACACAUCGAGGUCUCUACCGUUUCAAUCGCCUUGCACCGGGAGUCAAGUCAGCACCCGGGGCUUUCCAACAGCUCAUGGGCGGUAUGAUUGCGGAUCUUGAGGGUGUGGAAUCGUUCCUGGACGACAUCAUCGUCUUCAGCAAAACAUUCGACGAUCAUCACAAAUUCUUCAUCGCUCUUUUCAAACGCCUUGAAGAAUAUGGUUUUCAUAUGCGAGAAGAAAAGUGCAACAUCCUCCGACAUCGCAUCAAGUAUCUUGGGCACAUUGUUGACGCCGACGGUCUGCAUCCUGAUCCAGCUAAGGUUGAAGCAAUCGCCAAGAUGCCACCCCCAAGCGAUGUCACUACGUUGCGCUCUUUUCUGGGCGCAGUCAACUACUAUGCCAAGUUCGUCCAAGAAAUGCAUCAACUAGGACGUCCACUCGAUGCUCUUCUCAAGAAGAAUGUCAAAUUCUAUUGGUCCCGUGAAUGUCAGCAAUCUUUCGACAGGUUCAAAGCCAUUCUUCAAUCCGACCUGUUGCUCACACACUUCGAUCCUUCGCUGGGAACUAUCGAUUUCCUGACGGUUCCCUCAAGGCGAUUGCGCAUGCAGCCAAGUCCCUGA